GCGAAAAGUUGCAUUAGUUUUAGUAGAAGAAAAAGCGUUUCAAUUCCGUCUUUAAUUUCAUUCUAAGAUCUUCUAUUCAUAUUCCGGGCACAAAGCAAGAAAAAAAUUGGGCGUCAUUUCUGUUUAAGUUAAAUUAUACGUUUAACAUUAGAGUGCGAGUAGCGCUCCCGCUUCAAGAGUUUCUGCUUGCGAUUACCUUUACCAAAAAAUCACCAGCAUACGGAAGAAUAGAAAAUAGAAGAAGUUCAGAAUACGAAAGAAAUUGCUCGUUAAAUAUUACUAACAAUCGCAUUAAGUGAGUCAAUAUUUUCGGUUCUUUUGGAACUAAAAACUCCAUGAUGAACUAAUGUAAAAUUCGAAACAUUUUGAGGCUCCAGAAUCAAAAUGUUUCAUCUAUAUUUCUCCAUCUCAAUGGUUCAUUUCCGACCAAAGAAGCUCAGCAGUUUGCACAUGCAAAUUUAUAGUUGCGAUUGAAUCAUUUUAGCUGGAAAACUACGGAAUGGAAGAACAAAUUUUUAUGUGGAUAUUCAACAAUCUGUAGCUCGUUAUAGAAGCGUUUAAGGACCAACAUUAGAAGAGCAUGAUCUUUCCCCUCUAUUCUGAGUGGCUCCACUCUACCCCUGAAAUGUGUUUACCUUGAUGUUAAAAUAGACUCAUUUUUCUUAUUUCUAAAGGAUUAUCUUCAAAGAAAUCUUCCGGAAAACUACUUCUCCUUUCAAACGUUGGGAUAUUGCCAUCGAAAAACGAAAAGUGGGGGUUCUAGAAGAUAAUGGUGUGUAUCCAUGGCAGGUUCAAGGUGAUGAAGAAAAUUGCAGCAGUGGUUGCAAGUAACACCAACUUUCCUACUUAGGCUGGCAUUCUCUUAGCGGCUGCAGGAUCUAGCUCAAUGGUAGUUGUUGAUCUAAAGUAGUGCCGGCUUGUUGUUGCGUCGAUAGUCGCACUAAAAGUUGCAGUCCUCCAAACGCCCAAAAUCUGUGAAUUUGAUUGUGGUGAAAACUUUCUUUUGUGCAAAUAUGUCGAAAAGUGCUGCAGUAUUCGUAAAAGACGUCGUAAAAUGCUAUGGAGACAAUAAAAUCCUGGAUGGUUUGUGCAUGACUGUAGAUCGAGGAACUAUAUACGGCCUGCUGGGUGCUUCGGGUUGCGGAAAAACCACACUAUUGAGUUGUAUUGUGGGCAGAAAGAACAUCCAAUCGGGAGAAGUGUGGGUUUUAGGGGGUACUCCAGGUGCAAAAGGCAGUGGAGUGCCGGGACCUAGAGUAGGCUACAUGCCGCAGGACAUCGCGCUGGUAGGAGAAUUUACAGUGAAAGAUGCCAUUUUUUACUUCGGCCGGAUCCUAAAUAUGGACGAUAAGCUGAUCAGCGAAAGGUUUCAGAAGCUGUCCAAAUUGCUGGAACUACCCCCAGAUGAUAGGUUUAUAAAAAACUGCAGCGGCGGUCAGCAACGAAGAGUUUCCUUUGCAGCCGCCAUGGUUCACAUGCCGGAAUUGCUGAUUUUAGAUGAACCCACAGUGGGAGUCGAUCCAGUUUUACGAGACAAGAUCUGGAACUACCUGGUGGAAAUUGUGCAUUCCGAAAAAAUUGCUGUGAUAAUCACCACACACUAUAUUGAAGAAGCCAAACAAGCUGACAAGAUUGGACUCAUGCGAGGAGGCAAAUUGCUAGCUGAAGAAUCGCCCGCAAGGCUGCUCACGUUGUUUCACACUGACACCUUAGAGGAGGCGUUCUUAAUACUGAGUCGAAACCAAGAAGAAGGCAGAAUAAGCUCCGCCUUGGAUGGGGCAAGCAGAUCCCAGGGAAAUGCGAUUCUAGAUUCAGCCUCAUCAACUACGUCCAUUGCUACCUUUGAUAUCGCUUAUGGUUCCAAAGACGAACUAACACCGGCAAAGAAGCGAACAAAAAUUAAAAAGGACCAAACUAGCCUACAGCGUCAUAGAAUCAAGGCGCUCCUGGACAAAAACUGGAAACAGUUUUAUAGAAACGUUACAGGGAUUAUAUUCCUGAUAACGUUUCCUCUUCUCCAAACCUUGUGCUUCCUAAACGGAGUCGGUGGGGAUGUUAAAGGCUUGAAGUUGGGCAUCGUCAAUGACGAAACCAUGACCACUCGAUGCCAAAAUUUCGAUUUCAAUGGAACCACUGAAAUUCACGAUUUCACUGACUGCCACUUUCACAAUAUGAGCUGCAGAUUUUUGGAAUAUUUGGAGCAUCCCAUGAUCCACAAGGUGGAGUACAAGUCGCUAGAAGAAGCUACCGAAGCGAUCAAACAUGGCACGGUUCUUGGUGUUUUGUACAUGUCGGAAAAUUUCACCAAAUCAUACGAGGAUCGGAUCCAAAAUGGCAAAGAUGCAGAGCCCUGGAUGGCUGAUUUUGGAGAAAUAAAAGCCUUUCUCGACAUGUCCAAUCGGCAAACAGGCGCUACCUUAAAAUACAAACUUUAUGAGCUGUUCUACCGCUUUCAAGAGGAACUGUUCCAAGAGUGCAACUGGCCUGUGCGGCUUGGAAGUCUUCCACUUAAGAAGAACUUCAUGUACGGGCACGAGGAUGAACCGUACACUAUUUAUAUGAUUCCUGGUACUAUCAUAACAAUGAUGUUCUUCAUGGGGGCCAUGAUGACUUCUCAAAUAAUAAUCACUGACCGAAAGGAGGGAGUUUGGGACCGAUCCAUAGUGGCUGGGGUCACUUCACUUGAAAUCACUUUGACUCACUUCAUUUUGCAGGCAGUCAUAAUGGCGCUUCAAUGCACUGAAGUGCUGAUUAUGGUCUUUCCAGCCUAUCAUAGCACACACCUGGGCAGUCCAGGCGCAAUUUUCUGCAUUACGUAUUUAGCAGGGAUCUGUGGGAUGGCUUAUGGUUUCUGGGUGUCUGUUAUAUGCGAAGAUCACUCACAGGCCAACAUUUCAGUCUCUGGGGGAUUUUUGCCCAUGAUGUUACUGUGUGGCUUAAUUUGGCCCACAGAAGCAAUGCCUAUCGGGCUACGGAUAUUUUCCAAAUGCCUUCCCUUUACUCUGGCGAUAGAAUCGUUCCGGAAUGUGAUAAAGAAAGGCUGGUCCUUGUGGGACUUGCAGGUGCUUAACGGGAUCGGCGUACUGUUAGGAUGGACCUUAAUGUUAGGAAUAAUUAGUCUUUGGUUAAUAAAACUGAAACGAUAAGCACCAAUAAACAAAUUAAUUUAA